AUAGCAUGAUGGCGUUAUUUGUUUGGGCAUUGGCAUGAGAAGGCGUUGGUUGAUAUGCAUUGUUUGUUUUGUUUUGUUUUGUUUUUUUUCCUCUCGGUUUUUGCAUGUAUGUGUGAUACCCCGUCAGUCGAGUCGAAUCGUCCUCCUGACAUGUCUUUUGUUCUCAUUUGAGUGUCUUCGCGACGACUUGAUUUAUUAUUUCUUUUUGUUUCUUUAUAGGUUUGUUUGUUUGCUUGUGAAUAGAGCUGAUCUCUAUCUAGGCCUGCUAGGCUGUUAUUAAUGAAC